UCACCAGGUCCUGGCCAGAGAUUCCCCGCCAGCAUUCGGCGAUCGCAGAGGAAGAGAGACAGGGGAGAGACUUUAACAUGCUGCUAUGUAUUUCUCUGCACAGGAGAGAAUUACACAGCAGCAUGUUUUCUAAGUAAAACACACACAGCACAUUAUGUUAAACAGCACACAGUUAACCAUUUGAAUGCCCCAGAUUUCCCAGUGUCAUAAAUACAGUGUCAGUGCUUUUUAUUAGCACUGAUCACUGAAUUAGUGUCAUUGGGAUGUCAGUGGCAGUUACUCAGUUUCCCCCAGUGUCAGAAUGCCUGCCGCAGUCACCUAUAA